UCUUCACUUGCGCUCAUUUUAAGCAUAAAGGACAACCAGAAACCAAAUCCAAUAUCACUUGUGUACUGCGCCCUCUGUCCUCUCCAAAAGUCAACAUUUUCUUCCCGUCUGCCUAGCAGCAUGUACCGCUUUGCAGCUAAUCUUGCCUCAAAAGCCAGGGUUGCUGGAAACAGCAGCCAGCAGAUUGGUAGUAGAUUGGGUUGGAACAGAAACUAUGCUGCAAAAGACAUUAGAUUUGGUGUGGAUGCAAGGGCUCUGAUGCUUAAGGGUGUUGAGGAUCUUGCUGAUGCUGUUAAAGUCACUAUGGGUCCAAAGGACAGGGUUAAGAACAUUGGUGCGAGCCUAGUGAAACAGGUCGCCAAUGCUACAAACGAUGUUGCUGGUGAUGGUACUACCUGUGCCACUAUCCUCACUCGCGCAAUACUCACUGAAGGCUGCAAGUCUGUGGCAGCUGGCAUGAAUGCCAUGGACCUAAGACGUGGCAUAACAAUGGCUGUUGAUGCAGUAGUUACAAACUUGAAAAGCAGAGCAAGAAUGAUUAGCACGUCCGAGGAGAUUGCUCAGGUUGGAACAAUUUCUGCUAAUGGAGAAAGAGAAAUUGGUGAGCUGAUUGCCAAGGCUAUGGAGAAAGUAGGCAAAGAGGGUGUUAUCACAAUUCAAGAUGGAAAGACACUGUUUAAUGAAUUGGAAGUGGUUGAGGGGAUGAAGCUUGACAGAGGUUACAUAUCCCCAUACUUCAUUACAAAUCAGAAAAACCAGAAAUGUGAACUGGAUGACCCACUCAUUUUAAUCCAUGAGAAGAAAAUAUCAAGCUUAAAUGCUGUUGUGAAAGUUUUGGAAUUAGCUUUGAAGAGGCAAAGACCUCUUUUGAUAGUUUCGGAAGACGUGGAAAGUGAAGCUCUUGCAACUCUUAUUGUUAACAAACUUCGAGCUGGAAUUAAGGUUUGUGCUGUGAAAGCACCUGGAUUUGGUGAUAACAGGAAAUCUAAUUUGCAAGAUCUUGCUGUCUUAACUGGUGGCCAGGCAAGUGUUAUAAGUGAGGAGCUUGGAAUGACCCUUGAAGAUGUCGAGUUGGACAUGCUGGGCUCAUGCAAAAAGGUUACCAUCUCCAAGGAUGAUACUGUUCUACUUGAUGGUGCUGGUGAGAAGAAAUCCAUAGAAGAACGAUGUGAACAGAUUAGGUCUGCAAUUGAAUUGAGUACUUCUGAUUACGACAAGGAGAAGUUGCAAGAAAGGCUCGCAAAACUUUCUGGCGGUGUAGCUGUCCUCAAGAUUGGAGGCGCUAGUGAGGCUGAAGUAGGCGAGAAAAAGGACAGGGUGACUGAUGCUCUAAAUGCCACGAAAGCGGCUGUAGAAGAAGGAAUUGUGCCAGGUGGAGGUGUUGCUCUGCUCUAUGCUUCUAAAGAAUUGGAUAAGUUGCAGACUGCAAACUUCGAUCAGAAGAUUGGUACACCUGUUUACACUAUUGCAUCAAAUGCUGGUGUUGAAGGUGCUGUUGUUGUGGGCAAGUUGUUGGAGUCGGACAACCCUGAUCUUGGAUAUGACGCGGCUAAAGGUGAAUAUGUUGAUAUGGUGAAAGCUGGGAUUAUUGACCCAUUGAAGGUUAUUAGGACUGCCCUUGUCGAUGCUGCUAGCGUGUCGUCAUUGAUGACAACUACAGAAGCAAUUGUGGUGGAGUCUAAGGACGAGAAGGUGGCCCCACCAAUGGGCGGCGCCGGUGGCAUGGGUGACAUGGACUACUGAGGAUCAGGUCAUGUUACUGCUUUGAGAAGGGGACUUGCAACUCUUAGAUCAAUGAUUUGCUUUUCCGAUUGAUUCCGAGUUAAUUAUGUUUCUUAAUUGUCCUGUAUAAUUUUGGUGAUGUAAGACAU